UCCCGCGCAGGUGAAUCGGCGCAAAAAGACGUCCGCAUUCAUCAAAAUGGACGAGCUUUAUUUGGAUAACAUCGACGAAUAUGUCAACGACCAAGACAAGAUAGUGACUUAUAAAUGGCUGAGUCUCACUCUGGGAGUCCAUGUCAACACAGCCAAACAAAUGCUCUUCCAUUAUUUGGAUCACAAGAGGAAGGAAAGUUCAGCUCAGCUCCACGCCACGUAUCUCGUGUCGGGCAAGUUUGUGGACAACGGCCAGACGAGUCACAAGGUGUCAGUUAUCAAAGAGGACCAGUUGGAAGAUUUCAAAUCCAAGAUGAGCUUGAUCGUCAGUGUCCAUGUCUACAGUGUGCAGAAAGCUUUGCUGAAGGACAGCGGUCCUCUCUACAGCGUCGACUAUGACGCUGUGAAAGACAACCUGAAGAACUGCAACAGGUACAGUGCGAUCCGCUGUGCCAGUGCAGUGCCCAUGUCUCCUGUGGAGCUGGAGCAGACGAGAGAGAUCCAGCGAGCUCCGACACCAGAGCCUGAAAACAAAAAACCUGGCGUGAAUGGAGAGGCCAGUCGGGCUUCUAAGCCUUCCACCAAGCUGCAGAAAGGCAUCAUGGGAAUGUUUGCCAAUAAGUCUGCUCCUAAGAACCAGGAUAGUGGCAAAGACGUUAAGGCGGAGCAGAAGGAGGAGGCGCCUGUGGUCGAUGCCCCCAAAAGUAAACCAGACGCAAAAGCCAAUCCUAUGAUGAACUUCUUUGGGAGUCAAGCAGCAAAGACAGCAGAAAAAACUGUGAAGCGGGAGGAAGCAGCUCAGUCAUCAACCUCAGCAGAGCAACAACGUCAGACUUCAAAGCCUGAAGAAAAGCGAGCUGCUGCUGCUGCUGCUGCUGUGGAGCUGCCUAAAGACUCCAGGAGCAAAACCAAGCGACUCGUGGAUUCUGACAGCGAAGAGGAGAAAAUGGACAAGAAAAAGAGACGGAGGAUUAAGAAGCCUGAACCAGACAGCAGCGAUGAAGACGUCAUUCCAGAUUCUCCUCAGCGGAUGGAAACGAGAGAACCGUCACCAAGUCCUAAGAAGAAGGUCCAGUCUGUUUCUCAUUCACAUCAGGGGAACUCUGAAAUGAAGACGAGGAAGAGGAGACAGGUCCUGAAAUCUCGGACGUUUUUAGAUGAUGAAGGAUGCAUCGUGACCGAGAAAGGCUACGAGAGUGAAUCGUACUCUGAAGCAGAAGACGACGUUCAUGCCGCUAAACAAGCUCCAAAAGAUCCAAAAGAUCCCGUCCCCGCUAAACUACCGUCGAGUACCAAACAGGACGAGAAGAGAAGUCAGAAGAAAACGUCUGCAAAUGCAAAUAAAGGAACUAAACAAGCGUCCAUCAUGGGAUUCUUCCAGAAGAAGUGAUAGACAGCGUCAGACCCUUUUUUUGUUGGACAGAGGAACAAAAAGCACUGCUGCGGACUUUCUGUGAACAUCUUUUGGUAAAAGUCAAAGCUGAAACACUCCACGUGGACGAUCGAGGACUGCAACUACAUGGACAUGUCCAAAUCAGGAUGAUAACUAUUUCACUUUUCACCUUCCCGUUACCAGAUGUCCUAGUCAAUAAACUAUGAAUACUGAAACCAAACGUGUUUUUUUUCUCUCAAAAUAUACACAAAGAAAUGUUUAAAACGAUACACGUAGGAGGUCGACAGGAUGUAUUUGUCCGUUGAACAGAAUCCAAUUAGCUGUUACAAAAAUGAUGUUGCGUUUUAGUUUUAGUUUUGUUGCAUAACAGGUGCUCUCCACAGUAACCUCAAAUACUUCAACAAUUAGCCGGAUCAAUGUUGAAGUACAUCAACGGUUCAAAACCGUUGUUGACCCCCAAUGGGCAAUGUCGAGUAAUGUUAUUCCACAAACACGUCUAUGCCUGCAGUCUAACAAAUUCAUCACAAUGGAAGUAAAUCUUGCCACUGCAUUACUGUAAUAACCAUGACAUGGACAGCUGUUAACUAAUAGGUUUAGUUGGACGCUGAGCCCUUUGGUACACAGUUAGCGUGGGGUGGAGGGUUUCCGAUAAAUAUGUAACUCAGUAUUAUAAAGUAACACCUGAGCCUGCUUUCUCUUUCAAAAGUACCAGAAUGUGUAAAGAAAAGCGGCUCAUAUUACUGAAUAA